UCUGCAAAAAGUUUUUAAAAUUAAUAAAAUAAUAAGAAUAGUUAGUGUAAACAAUUUAAAUUUAUUUAAAAAACUGUUUUCUUCGAAAAAUAUUUUAGUAGAUUCAAUUACAAAUUGAGAAGAUAAAUAAUGAGUAUAUAUAAUGAAAAUUUAGCAAAUCGCAUUUUGGAAUCAUUAAAUUAUCCUGUUAUUGAACGUUGUACAGAGUUAAGUGUUCUAUUUGAAAGAUGUAGUUUGCGGGAACUUCAGGAAAUUUUUCCAGCAGUAAUAAAUUCAAUUUUUGGAAUAAAUAGCGGAUGUCUUGGUUGGGGGCUACGGACAAUAAACAAAGAAAAGUCAUCAUAUCCACAAGUAUUUGAUACUUUGUAUAAUUUCUUCACACCUCUGGGGCCUAUGUUCCGACUAUGCUACCGAUUAUUAAAUGAUGCUAUUAAAUUUGAAUUUAAUAUAGAAAUGUUGCCGCACAAAUUAACAGAAAUGCUCCAAAGUGGACACUAUUCCAUGUUUUACGCGGAUUUAUUAAAUAUAGAUCCAUUUCAUAGAUGUAUAAACUCUUUAUCUUUGAAUGCAUUUGAUUAUUAUAUGAUAAAUUUCAUUAUUCAUGGUACUUUUCCACUUCAUAAAAUGUAUCCGGCUGCUUUAGAAGUACAUAAUGACAGAGUGAAAACUAUAUAUUUUUUCUUAACUGCAGAAUAUUUAUGUUCUUUUUUACCAAGUAAUCCAGAUGCAAUAGUAAUGCCAUCAAACAUAUGUGGCACUGUCAAAGCACCACAACCAAUGCCUGUUCAACAAUUACAGCCCACCAGAUCUCCAAAAUAUUUAAAACUUGGUCCAAUCUCCCAUUAUAAUGCAGCAAAUCAAUCAGCUGCCGCUGUUAUACGAUCUCCAGAAUCACCGAGAGCACAUUGUUGGAGGUCAGAAUCCGUUAUGUACUUAUUUAUAGACGGCUGGCUUAGAUAUGACAUUGAAGAAGCAAUGGAAUUACCCAGUAGUGAAUUCAUUCGGGUUGUUAGAAUAUUAGUAAAACAAUUACAUGCUUUUGGUAAUUCAGCAGAAAUUGAUCCUACACCGAUGAGCGCAUUACGAAAAAUGGCGCAACCAAUGAUGAAACAAAGAAUUUACCCUUUUUUGAAGAGUAUUAUUGCUCGAUGGCCUUUAGAUAGUUCAAUGUCUGUUGUUUUAGAGUUAUGGUUAAGUUAUAUACAGCCUUGGAGAUACACUUUCGAUAGAAGUAUUAGUGGGCCAGUACCAACGGAUUUUCCUAUUAGCAAAUAUGAUGGAUUUAUCGCAGAAAAUUUGGCAAUUUAUACACAAAUAUUUGUUCAAAUUCUACCACGUUUUGAAAGACUUGAUUUUACGUCUUUUAGGAAUGCCGUUAUGUUACAUCGUUUAAUAAAAGUUUUUAAUCAGUCAGCGCUACCGGAAAUGUUAAAUGAUUGUGAACGCCGAUAUACUAGUGCGAAAUUUCCAAUGAGUCCCCAUCAGACCAGUCCAAUAAGACAAUCUCCGUAUCUAACACGACCUCGAACAGAAUCACAGCGCGAGUGGGACUCCUUUCGCUCUGAACACUAUGUAGCUGAUGAUAUUUAUAUUCCUUUAUUUGGUGAUAAUAUAAAGGGAGAAAUAUACCAACUUAUUAAAACGGUUUGUGUUGCAAAAAUGUAUGUUCAGCAAGAAAUGUGUAAAAUUAAUUAUCAAAUAAAUGAAAAAAAUUCAAAGCACGGUUUCAUAAAAAGAUUAAUUUUGAGUUUUUUCGAAGAUAUAACGCCAGAACAAAGCAAAUUACAGGAAAUUAAAAAAAUUCCAGAUAUUUUAAGUGUAGCAUUAUCAUCCCUUAGCAACAUGUUUGAGGUCGAUAUGCCAAAUGUAUGUGUCGAUCACUCAGAUUUGGGAGAAGCCAAUUUUUCAAGUACAAUGAAUUUUACUUUAGGAGAUGACAGUGAUUAUUUUGAUGCUUCAAAAAUAUCUCCUUUACAGAUGAAAAGAAAUAUUGCAAAUAUUAAAGCAAAUGUUGAUCCAGCUUUGUUACCAAUACAAAGUUCUGAAAAUUCUUUUCUUGUAAGAUCAUUGCAUCAAGUUAGUAGUAAAGUAAACGAAAACUUUGGAGGCGAAAUUCAAAAGCUUUGGGAUCGAAAAGAUUUCUGGGGUAAAUUAACUCGCCAAAUCAUCUACCCACCAAUUACUAUACAGUGGUUUGACAAAUCAAAAGGAAUAAGUGAAUUACAUGAGGAUUGUCUUGCCCCAAGACUAUGUCUUCGAUUGUUUGGCUCGUACAAAACUAUUUUUACAUUGAUAUUGGCAUGUAUAAUUGGGAAAAUAUUUUGGAAUUCUUAUGUAUUUGGAAUUAUUCUGUUAGGUCUUUUAUCAUUAUUGUAUUUAUUUAUUUCGGCACUAUUACCAUAACGUUAGUUUUCAUUUUUCAUUCAAUAUAUUGUACAAUUUAGAAUAUUAUUUUAUAAAUUUAUUUUUAUACGUAUCUCUAUGUAUAUUAAAUAAGAAAUAGCAAAAACUGAUUGCAUUAAAUUGGCAUUUAAAUUACAUUUAUUUU